CGCAGUUCGGAUUGGAUCAGUAAAUUUACAUGUCCUAUUAAAAUUCCCAAAACUUGAGUCAUACUAGGGUUUCCUUCUAUGCCCGUCGUCUUGAAACUGUCACAUUAAUUGAACUUCUGCUGGGGUUGGUUUCAGAGAAGGAGAUCGUUCGAUUCAGUUCUUCAAUUCUUGGGGUGUUUCGAUCAGCUGGUGGAGAUCAAUAGGAUGAGUACAUCAAAGAGAGUGAUUACUAGGGAGGAGUGGGAGAAAAAGCUGAAUGAGGUAAAAAUUAGGAAAGAAGAUAUGAAUAAAUUAGUGAUGAAUUAUCUUGUCACUGAGGGUUAUGUUGAAGCUGCAGAGAGAUUCAAGAUGGAAUCUGGGACUGAACCUCUAGUAGAUCUCGCAUCAAUAACUGAACGCAUGGCUGUGAAGAAGGCUUUACAUUGUGGGGAUAUUGAGGAUGCAAUCGAGAAAGUUAAUGACUUGAAUCCUGAGAUAUUGGAUACAAACCCACAGCUAUUUUUUCUUCUCCAACAACAAAAGUUAAUAGAAUUGAUUCGCAACGGAAAAACAGAAGAAGCUCUGGAGUUUGCUCAGGAGGAACUUGCUCCAAGGGGUGAAGAAAACCAAAGCUUUCUUGAAGAGCUAGAGAAAACAGUUUCGUUGUUAGCAUUUGAGAAUGCUGCUGAUUGUCCUGUUGGAGGACUUUUGGACAUAUCACAGCGUCUCAAAACAGCAAAUGAGGUGAAUGCAGCCAUUCUAACUAGCCAGAAUCACGAAAAAGAUCCAAAGCUGCCUAGUUUGUUGAAGAUGCUGGUUUGGGCUCAAUCCCAACUGGAUGAAAAGGCUUUGUAUCCACACAUCAAAGAUUUAUCAACUGGCGUGCUUGAAGACCACUCGGCUUCCAAGAAGUAAAAGCUUCCCAUGUAGAUCUGAUGAUACUGCAGUUGAGUCACAUCCAUAAUCCAGUUUGAAACAGUACAUUUAUUUUUCCAUAGUUCUUUAGAUUAGUCUUUGUUUAUUAGUACACGGACUCUGAUAUUAAUAUUAUGUUACUAUUUACGGAUAGCUCUUAUGGUCACAAUACCUUUUGCUAUGAGACGAUAAAUUGUGUGCUGUCUGUGUAAAAGAUAAAUUGCUAACUUGUUCUUGCCCCGGU